AUGCCGGCUCCCUUUGCAUUUCCCGGUCACUAUUGGGAUGAGGCCAGAGGCAAAUUUUUUAAGAUUGAAGCAACCGGCACAGCUCCAGAGGGCGCAGCUUGGUCUCAGGAGCAGGUGCAAUUUCAGCAGGUCCGGGAGAAGUACGUCGAGCAACGUCGCCGCCGGCAUGAAGGCAGCGAAGGACGCUUGCAUGGACGCGGGGGGAAAUGGCCCAAACGGCAAAAGGGCCGACGUUUUGAAGAGUCCAAGCGUGGCGAGUCGACACGCGGGUCGCUCACGCGGCAGCCGCCAGAUGCAAUAUACGAUUUCCUUGCACGACACAGCACCGGUGAUGACGAAGUCGACGAUGCUGUGUAUGUGGAAGAGAAGAAGCGUCUCUUUAUCCGGGACCCUCUUCUUGCUCACGAGGCGGCCGUGACUGGGCUUCCUUGCAGUGCUACGGCCAGCGACGGCCGCACAUUUGGUCAAACACAUGCGACUACUGCAACGUCCAUCUUUGCUCGCGAGUUGCAGUUCAAGGGCGCCGUACCGGUUCUAAACGAGGCCAGUGGCAUGUUGAUUGAGGUUGAUAAUUUUAACCGGUUGUCGCGACAUGCGUGGGCAACUCUUGGAACCAACCCGGAGCGGAGAAUGGCCCGGCCGUUCUCUGCGGCCAUAGGUCAGCCUCCGGUCCUGGCUGCGACAAAAAUCAGAGCGAUGUACGUGCACGGCAACGAGCAACCUCCAGGCCUGGGCAUUGUCUAUACAGAUAUGCCGCGCAUGAACGCACAUGCCCCGAAGGCAUACGGGCGACAGGUAUAA